GCGCGCAUCGAGGAGCUGGAAGAGGAGCUGGAGGCRGAGCGCACAGGCCGGGCCAAGGUGGAGAAGCAGCGCUCGGAGCUGUCGCGGGAGCUGGAGGAGCUCAGCGAGCGGCUGGAGGAGGCCGGCGGCGCCACCUCGGCCCAGCUGGAGCUCAACAAGAAGCGCGAGGCCGAGUUCCAGAAGCUGCGGCGGGACCUGGAGGAGGCCACGCUGCAGCACGAGGCCACGGCAGCCGCGCUGAGGAAGAAGCACGCGGACAGCGUGGCCGAGCUGGGCGAGCAGCUGGACAACCUGCAGCGCGUCAAGCAGAAGCUGGAGAAGGAGAAGAGCGAGCUCAAGCUGGAGCUGGAUGACCUCAGYGCCAACAUGGAACAGCUGAUCAAGGCCAAGGCCAAGAACGCACUGGCACACGCACUGCAGUCGGCGCGGCACGACGGGGACCUGCUGCGGGAGCAGUAYGAGGAGGAGACCGAGGCCAAGGCCGAGCUCCAGCGUGCCCUCUCCAAAGCCAACUCUGAGGUGGCCCAGUGGAGGACCAAGUACGAGACGGACGCCAUCCAGCGCACCGAGGAGCUAGAGGAGGCCAAGAAGAAGCUGGCGCAGCGGCUGCAGGAGGCCGAGGAGGCCGUGGAGGCCGUCAAYGCCAAGUGCUCCUCGCUGGAGAAGACCAAGCACCGGCUGCAGAAUGAGAUCGAGGACCUGAUGGCCGAUGUGGAGCGGUCGAACGACACGCAGCUGCAGCUGGACGAUGCAGCAAGGGUCGGGGAGGAUCUGAAGGAGAACGUGGCCAUGGUGGAGCGCAGGAACACGCUGCUGCAGUCGGAGCUGGAGGAGCUCCGYGGCCUGGUGGAGCAGACCGAGAGGGCCCGGAAAUUGGCCGAGCAGGAGCUGAUCGAGGCCAGCGAGAGGGUCCAGCUCCUCCACUCACAGAACACCAGCCUCAUCAACCAGAAGAAGAAGAUGGAGGGGGACAUCUCCCAGCUGCAGACCGAGGUGGAGGAGGCCGUCCAGGAGUGCCGCAACGCYGAGGAGAAGGCCAAGAAGGCCAUCACCGACGCGGCCAUGAUGGCGGAGGA